GGAUAAUUUGGGACAAAGAAGAAUCGUAAAACCAGUUAGUGAGACGCAAACCUCUGCCUCCGGCCAGCACAAAAUCCUCCGGCGAAGUUCACCUCUAUUCUCUUUCAUCCAUGGAUUCUCUUCCCAACACCUUCAAUCCAAACAAACGUCUCAAAGAAGAGUUUGUGAGCAAUUUGAGUGGAUCGUCGAUGAUGGAGAUUGCCGCGCUUACCACGAUAAUCCCUAUUCUGAUACUUCUCCGGCACUCAGUUGGCUCUCAUCGUGCUGUCGAUGUUGUAUCGAAGAAAAAUGAUGAUGCAGUAGCUGGUUCUAAGGGAUGGGCAGCUUACAUGGCUUCAAUGUCUCUUGAUUUUCUUCUCAUUAUAGUUCCAAUCAUCUUAGUUUACACUGUUUUGGCAGAGUGGAUGUAUAUCUGGGCAACUUUGUUGAUAUUGUUACUACUUUUCAGUAUUGCAGCCAAAAGGUUUGGUUCCUAUUCUACUUUGAAGGAAGAUCCCUUUUCUAUAAGGCAAACUUUUUCAUCUUACAGAGUCGCUACGAUGAUCAUAACAUGCGUCUGUAUCUUGGCUGUUGACUUCACAAUAUUCCCUAGAAGAUAUGCCAAGACUGAGACUUAUGGUACUGGCUGGAUGGAUCUUGGGGUUGGCUCAUUUGUCAUAGCAAAUUCAUUAGUUUCCCGGCAAGCACGAAAUAUAUCAUCAAGAUCAGCUUUGGUGGCUGUCGAAGAGAAGAAGAAAAUGGGUUGGUGCAGGUGGAGGAAAGGGAAGUCCCGCAUCCCUAGGUCAUGGAAGACUGCUAUUCAAUCUGCUAGUCCACUAAUCAUCCUUGGGUUUGCCCGUCUUCUCUCUACCACAGGUGUGGACUAUCAGCUUCAUGUGGCGGAAUAUGGAGUGCACUGGAAUUUCUUCUUCACGCUUGCUGCGAUAUCAAUUCUUACAUCCAUAAUUAAUAUUCCCACGCAGUAUUCUGGCAUUCUUGGCUCACUAAUUCUAGUAGGUUACCAAGUUUGCUUGAUGCAUGGGUUAAACUCGUAUCUGCUUUCUAAUGAAAGGGGAACUGAUAUAAUCAGCCAAAAUAAGGAGGGGUUUUUUAGCAUAUUUGGAUAUUGGGGCAUGUACCUUGUUGGUGUCCAAUUGGGAAACUUUCUUCUAUUCAAUUACCAUUCCUCUGCUACAAUGGGAAGCAAUAAAUGGGCAACAAUUAGAGUUUGGAUACUUUCACUUCUCCUUUGGUUAUUAACUGUGAUUAUAGACCGCCAUGUAGAGAGAGUUUCCCGUCGGAUGUGCAACCUGGCUUAUGUUACACUGGUUUUGGCCGUAAAUUUACAGGUGUUGGCAAUAUUUCUUCUCUCUGAUUUUCUCCCCGGAAGCAAAACUUCAGUGCUGGAAGAAGCAUAUAACCGCAAUUUGCUGGGGACAUUUCUUCUGGCGAAUUUGCUCACGGGUUUGGUGAACUUGAUGGUGGAGACCCUGUUUGCAUCGGCAGUCAAAGCCCUUUUUAUUUUAAUUGCCUAUACAUUUUCGACGACCUUCAUCAUUGGACUGCUAGAUUACUGCGGCAUCCGGUUGAAAUUUUGGUAGGUCGACCAUCAAACUGGCAAUCUAAUUAGUUAAGGACAUGAAUCAAAUGAAAUCACCAGAAAUCCUAUGAAGUUGUUACUCUUGAUGACAAUGGUUUUUAUGUUCCUUCUCGGAGCCACCUAUGUUAACAACUGAGCCACCCAACCCAACAUGCAUACGCACAAGCGCGCACACACGCAGAGAGACAAGAAGGUCCUUCUGCACUUCUGGAAUGAGAUUGAAAACAUUAACGCUUCGUAUCCUGAAACACUGUAACGCUUUGUAGUUUGUAACAUACUAAUUGAUUAGCGCUGUUGCGGGUUUAAAAAAUUAGUCAAUUGGUGUUCAUUGUAAGGGGUAAAGAAUUUGUAGUUAACGCCAGAGUUUAAUCUUGCUUUCUCUUCUAGUGCAGUAUGAUGUAUUGGGCAUUAAAAUCAUGUUGUUAGUCACUCGGUGAACAAAGAUUUCACGGUCAUAUACCCUUGAUGUCAAAGCUGGAGAAUAAAUAGCUGUGUUUUUAA